UUCAUCUUCUUCAAUCGUUCUGCAACCAAAAACCUCUCUAUCUUCCAUUGUUGUUCAUCAUAAUAAGAUGUCGGCCUGCAGCAAGAUACGUCACAUUGUCAGACUCCGCCAGAUGCUCCGCCGUUGGAGAAAGAAAGCAGCUUUAGCCUCCCGUUGCCGCCUCCCGUCCGAUGUUCCGGCUGGCCACGUCGCUGUCUGUGUGGGUACCAACGGCCGUCGAUUUGUUGUCCGGGCGGCUUACCUGAACCAUCCCAUCUUCACUAGACUACUGGUUCUUGCUGAAGAAGAGUACGGUUUCAAUAACUCCGGUCCGUUGACGAUCCCCUGCGACGAAGCACUAUUUGAGGAGAUCCUCUGGCACUUGAACCGGUCCGAUUCUAGCAAAUCAACCCGGUUCUUGAAUCUUGAGGAGUUUCAAACGCAAUGCCACGUGGGUGUUCGGAGUAACGUCGAUAUAUGGCCGGAAUGUCGGCCGUUACUCCAUAGCUGCAAGAACGAAUCUUUUUGGUGAUGAUCCACACUCCAAAGGGCAAAUCUUUCAAAGGGCAAAUGACGACCGGGUUGGAAAAAAAAAAAUAGACCUGAUUGACUCGUCCGAGAUCGUUAUCUACACGGAAUGAAGAGUGAGUUUUUGGGACCAUUGAUAAUUAAUGGGUUUUUUUUGCUUUUUCUCUUUUUGACUUCACUGUCUACGUUAUUUGUUUUUUAACCCCACUGUUAAAUGGGUUAAGUAUGUACUGAGUUACCGCGGAGAAUCCGGAAAAUGCAAAAGGGAGACGGCACACACUGAGUCGUCCCGAGUCUGGAUCCGGGUUUGAAUCAACUAAAUUGAAUCUAAGAGAGUAUAAUAUAUUUUAUUUUUUGGGGUU